UCGAGUCCCGCAUCCGCCCGCGUCGCUCCGCUCGGCUCCGCUUCGCGGGGGCCCGGCCGGCCGCGGAGAUGGGAGAUAUGGAGUCCUACAAGGUGAUGCUGAACGGGCCAGCACCUUGGGGCUUCAGGCUGCAGGGAGGAAAGGAUUUCAGCAUGCCACUCUCCAUCUCCAGGCUGACGCCGGGCGGAAAGGCGGCCCAGGCCGGCGUGGGAGUGGGCGACUGGGUGCUAUACAUCGACGGGGAGAGCACCAGCUCCAUGACACACAUCGAGGCCCAGAACAGGAUCCGUGCCUGCGGGGACAGGCUCUGUCUCACCCUGAGCAGAGCCCAGAACCACCUGGGGAAGCCACAGAAGGUGCUGAGCCUUGACAAGCAGCCCCCACAGCUGCAGGAGCCCCCCAGCACCCCUGUGUGUGACCCCAUGAAGCUGCGGAUGAUAGAGGAUGCUGAGGACUGGCAUCCCCGCCCCGGGACCACCCAGUCCCGCUCCUUCCGCAAGCUGGCCCGGCUGACGGGCACGGACGGCUUGGAAGAUGAUGAGGAUGAGCUUGUUAAAAAGCCCAGGGAUGCCCGCGGGUCCAGCUGGGGCACGGGCGAGCAGCGGCAGCCCCCGCAGCCGCAGGAGCCCCCCAGCACCCCCGUGUGUGACCCCAUGAAGCUGCGGAUGAUAGAGGAUGCUGAGGACUGGCAGCCCCGCCCCGGGAACACCCAGUCCCGCUCCUUCCGCAGACUGGCCCAGCUGGUUGGCGCAGACAGCAUGGAGGAUCAGGAGGAUGAGCUUGUUAAAAGUCCCAGGGAUGCCCGCGGGUCCAGCUGGGGCGCGUGGGAGCAGCGGCAGCCCCCGCAGCCGCAGGAGCCCCCCAGCACCCCCGUGUGCGAUCCCGGGAAGCUGCGGCUGAUGGAGGAUGCUGAGGACUGGCAGCCCCGCACCGGGACCUCCCAGUCGCGCUCCUUCCGCAAGCUGGCCCGGCUGACGGGCACGGACGGCUUGGAGGAUCAUGAUGAGGUGUUUGAUAAAAAGCCCAGGGAUGCCCGCGGGUCCAGCUGGGGCACGGGCGAGCAGCGGCAGCCCCCGCAGCCGCAGGAGCCCCCCAGCACCCCCGUGUGUGACCCCAUGAAGCUGCGGAUGAUAGAGGAUGCUGAGGACUGGCAGCCCCGCCCUGGGAACACCCAGUCCCGCUCCUUCCGCAGACUGGCCCAGCUGGUGGGCGCAGACAGCAUGGAAGAUGGUGAGGAUGAGCUUGUUAAAAAGCCCAGGGAUGCCCGCGGGUCCAGCUGGGGCGCGUGGGAGCAGCGGCAGCCCCCGCAGCCGCAGGAGCCCCCCAGCACCCCCGUGUGCGAUCCCGGGAAGCUGCGGCUGAUGGAGGAUGCUGAGGACUGGCAGCCCCGCCCCGGGACCUCCCAGUCCCGCUCCUUCCGCAAGCUGGCCCGGCUGACGGGCACGGACGGCUUGGAGGAUCAUGAUGAGGUGUUUGAUAAAAAGCCCAGCCAGGUCUCCGCGCCAGACCCGGCCCCGGGAGCGACGCUGAAGGCUGAGCCGGGACUGGCCCCCAGGACCCCCGCCGCCACCCCCGGCCCCACCAGCCGCCCGCCCUGGGCCGUGGACCCGUCGUUUGCCGAGCGCUACGCCCCGGACAAGACGAGCACGGUGGUGAGCAAGCACAGCCAGCCCGCCACGCCGACCCCCAUGCAGAGCCGCAGCUCCAUCGUGCAGGCGGCCCAGCAGGCCCCCGAGGGCCCGGGACGCACUCCCCUCUGCUACAAGUGCAACAAGGUCAUCAGGGGACGGUACCUGGUGGCGCUGGGACAUUAUUACCACCCCGAGGAGUUCACCUGCUGCCAGUGCAGGAAGGUGCUGGACGAGGGCGGCUUCUUUGAGGAGAAAGGCUCCAUUUUCUGCCCCAAGUGCUACGACACGCGCUACGCGCCCACCUGCGCCAAGUGCAAGAAGAAGAUCACGGGGGAGGUCAUGCAUGCCCUGAAGAUGACCUGGCACGUGCAGUGCUUCACGUGCGCCGCCUGCAAAACUCCCAUCCGCAACCGUGCCUUCUACAUGGAGGAGGGACAGCCCUACUGCGAGAGAGACUACGAGAAGAUGUUUGGGACCAAGUGCCGCGGCUGUGACUUCAAGAUCGACGCCGGGGACCGGUUCCUGGAGGCGCUGGGCUUCAGCUGGCACGACACGUGCUUCGUCUGCGCGAUCUGCCAGACCAACCUGGAAGGGAAGACAUUCUACUCCAAGAAGGACAAGCCGCUCUGCAAGAGCCAUGCUUUCUCCCACGUGUGAGGGGCAGGAGUUCAGCUGUGCCCACGCGUGCCCCUGGCCCUGCAUGCUCCUUUCCCCCCUACCCUGCUGUCCCCAGGGAGCCAGGGUGGGCCCUCACCAUUUCCCCUUGCUCUUGCCUCUCUCCUGGCUGCUCCUGGCCCAGCUCCAGCUGGAGGUGGUGCUGGGGCCAGAGCCCGUUAUAGAUGAGUGGCUGCAUCUGUGCCCCCCACCUGGCCCUGGGAGCCCCAGGAAGGGGACAGGCCAUGGCUCUCCUGCCCCUGAGCCGUGCAGUGUGGUGGCCACAGCCAGGCCCAGCCCGGAGUCGGGGAGGGUCUGGCACAGCAGGGCUGCUCCCUUGCUCGGCUGGGGCCUGGCAGCUCAGUGCCAGGGCAGAGAUGCUCCUCACACAUCUCCAAGUGCGUGAGGACCAGCCCCCACAGCCCCCUGCCCCAUUUUCCCUCCUCUUCCCUGCUGGGGGCUUAGUGUGUGGGGCUGGAGAUGCAGCCCUGCCCCCCACGCCAGGGCCCUGCCCAAGGCAGCCCCCAGCCACCUUGCAACCUGCUGCAGUGGCCUCCCACCCCGGCUGCAUGGCAGGGGCUGUGUGCCAUGUGUGUGUGCCCUGCCCCUCGCCUGCUGCUCCCGGGGGCUGCCACCGGGCAGCACCCUCAGCCCGGCCAUGCUGGGGGGCAGGCAGCGUGCCAGGCCUACCCCAGCCACGGGCUGGCAAUGUGUGCUGAUGGGCAGCCAGGCCGCCAGUGUGCUCCCCCUGGGCUCGGGCACGGCUUCACACCAAAGAGCUCUCUGCCACUGCCAUCCUGGGCCUGCCAAUGCGUCCCCUGCACCCACGCUCUCUGGUCAGGCUGCUGCUGCUGUAGCCACGGUGCUUUUAGUGCCUUCAAUAAACACUUCUCUGCAAGU